AUGCAGGAAAGUGAUAAAAAACAUUCACAAUUGGAUGCUGUCGAUAUAUCCAACAGUAGCAGUAAUAAUUCUAUAGCAACAUUCGCAGAAAUAGAUCCAAGACAAGUGGGUGGAUUCCUUCCCAUAACAUCUACAUUUAAUACUCUUUCCCCUCUUGAUGUGGUAAUUAAAGAUGAACCUCAAACAGUACCAAAUAUGUCAGAUUCUCCAAACUUAUCACCGAUUGACAUGGAAAACCAAGAAAUAAUUAAAUUAGAAAGAAAAAGAAUGAGGAACAGAGUUGCAGCAUCUAAAUGUAGAAGGAGAAAACUUGAAAGAAUAGCAAAAUUGGAAGAAAAAGUAAAAUUGUUGAAGGGAGAAAACAAUGAUUUAAGUGCUUUUGUUGUUAAGUUAAAAGAUGAAGUAUGUCAACUUAAGGGCCAAGUUUUGGAUCAUGUGAAUAGUGGCUGUCAAAUAAUGAACUAUUGUUAA